AUGAAGACCCUUACCAAAAUUCCAUCGCUCGCAGCAGCACUGCAGGCAAUAGCCUGCCUUUCCCUCAUGGUCAGCGCCGAUGCAGUAGCUUGUGACACUGAAGUCGACGUUGUCGUCGUAGGUGGUGGAUUCUCAGGCCUCAAAUCCGCCUACGAUCUGCAGCAGUCCGGCCUGAGCACUGUCGUCCUCGAAGCCAAGGGGGCGAUUGGCGGCAGGUCUCGUUCAGUGGCCCGAAAGAGCGGCGAUGGCAUCAUUGAACUGGGUGCCACUUGGAUCAACAACCACACCCAGCCAAGAGUCUCAGCUCUGGUUUACAAGUUUGGACUGGACACCGCGGUGCAAUACACUGCAGGUGAUGCGGUCUUUCAAGGACCUGACGGCAAAGCGAGAAGGGUUCCUCCAGGGAGUCUAAAUGCCGGUAACGAAGAGGAUGCGGCGAUAGAAAUCAGUCUCCUGGGCAACUUUUCCGUGGCGGCCGAGGCGGUCAAUAUCACGUACUGGAAAGACUAUCCCGAAGACCAGGAUCUUACAAUUGAUCAGUGGAUUGCCCUGCACGGUUAUGGGAAUUCUUCGCAUGCCCGCGGUCUCGCAGGUCAUCUGACAAGAGCUCUCGUGGGACGGGAGCCUUAUGAGACCGGUGUUCACUAUCUGCUGGACUACAUUAAAUCUGGCCUCGGAUUAGAGAGUCUGAAUAGUGAGGACAAAGGCGGGGCUCAGUACCUCAAGAUCAAACAAGGAACCACUUCGAUAGCGACAAGUUUGGCAAAGGCCAUGACCCCUGGAAGUGUCCUAGUCAACACGCCCGUCAAGACUAUCAAGCAGUCCAAGCAUACCUCGAUCGUCACAACGCAGACCGGGAAAGUUUUCAAAGCGAGGAAAGUCAUCAUCGCCAUCCCAACCAACACCUACCGCAACAUCACAUUCUCCCCACCCCUGCCAAAGAAGAAGGAGACUCUCGUGUCCAACACGAAGCCGGGCAUCUACGGCAAAAUGAUCCUGUCCUACAAGGAGCCUUGGUGGAGGAACGCAGGCCUCGUUGGCAAAUUCACGUCGGUCUCCGGUCCGGUCUGCUUCAGCUGGGACACGUCGGAGCCUGCGCGCUCCCAGUACAGUCUUGCUGUGUUCAUCGCCGGUGAGAUUGCGACCCGAUGGCACGCGCUUUCCGAUGCGGAGAGGAAGAGUUCCGUCCUCAGCCACUUGGGAUCGCUUGUUGGCGAGGAUCUUGCGGGCAAAGCGCGCGAUGUUCUGGAGAUCAACUAUGUCGAGUGGACCAAGGAAGAGUUCUUAUGGGGGGCGCCAACCAGCGCCAUGGGCCCCGGGUUGCUUAGGAAGUAUGGGGAUGCCCUGAGAGAGCCACAUGGCAAUCUGCAUUUUGGAGGCGGAGAGACUGCAUAUGAGUGGAAGGGGUAUCUGGAGGGGGCCAUCAGGGCAGGUGAAAGAGCUGCGGCAGAAGUCGUGGCAGCUCUUGGUAAGGGGAAGCAGUAG